AGAAGCCACGCCCAUAAUUACACUUAUACUCGUGGUACAUUCACAAUGGAGUACAUUUCUCCUUCUUUGAGUAGAGAAGAGGACAGUAUGCAGCGAAUCCUUUGCUGUCAGUGUGGUACAAUGAUUGAGCCAAAUCCAGCCAAUAUGUGCGUGGCUUGCCUAAGGACCCAGGUCGAUAUCACUGAAGGAAUACCAAAGCAAUCUACUAUAUACUUCUGUAGGAGUUGUGAAAGGUAUUUGCAGCCUCCGUCUGGUUGGGUUUCUUGUAGUCUAGAGUCCCGUGAGUUGCUGGCUCUCUGUCUCAAGAAACUGAAGGGUCUCGGUAAGGUACACCUGGUAGACGCAGGAUUCAUAUGGACAGAGCCUCACUCAAAGAGACUCAAGAUAAAACUGACCAUACAGAAGGAGAUGCUAGCAGGGACUCUAUUACAGCAGGUGUUUGUUGUUGAGUUCAUUGUUCAUCAUCAAAUGUGCGAGGACUGUCAAAGAAGAGAAGCUAAGGAUUACUGGAAAGCCGUCGUUCAAGUUAGACAAAAGACGACACAUAAAAAGACGUUUCUUUACCUUGAGCAGUUGAUCCUUAAGCACAACAUUCACUCAAACGUCCUCCGAAUAAAAGAAAUAAAAGGAGGCCUUGACUUUUAUUACGCUCAAAAACAAGAUGCUAGGAAAAUGGUAGAAUUCAUAAUGAGCGUGGUCCCAUCAAAGUACAAGACGUCACAGGAAUUGAUAUCUCAUGAUGUUCACAGCAAUACUUACAAUUACAAGUUCACCUUCUCGGUUGAGAUAGUUCCGGUAUGUAGAGACAAUGUAGUCUGUCUGCCUCGUAAGGUAGCCAAUAGUCUUGGGAAUAUUAGUCCUGUCGUCAUUUGCUCUAAAGUUAACAGUUCACUUCAAGUCAUUGAUCCAACUAAUUUGCAAGUGGCAGAGAUGUCCUCUGACAUAUACUGGAGGACUCCAUUCACCUCUCUCUUUGAUCAUCGCCAGUUGACACAGUUCCUAGUUCUACAAAUCGAGGUACUCCCUGGUCAGUUUGUGUCUCGUAGCGGCAGCAGGAAACACGUUCUCUCUGAGGCAUGGGUUGCUCCCCUUGAGGAACUGGACCGUCAGAUGUACUGUCGGACUCACCUUGGACACUUUAUUAAUACGGGGGAUGUUGUCCUAGGAGUAGACUUUACCAGAGCCAACCUGAAUAAUGAACACUUUGAUAAAUUAAAGACAACUGAGAUACCUGAUGUGGUUUUGGUGAAAAAGGCGUACGGUGAUCGUCUGAGAAGACAUAGGAAGAGAAAAUGGGAGCUUCAGUCUCUACCGAAAGAGACAGAGGACAAGAUGGAGGAAGGAGAGGAAGAGAGAGAUCUUCUGGACUUUAUGGAGGAUCUUGAAGAGGACAAGACUUAUCGUCAAGACAUUAAUAUUUACAUGAAGCCAAAUGAUGGAGUUGUUCCAGUUGAAAAUGGAGGAUUGACAGGAGAGGAGGAGGAGGAGUCUUACCCCCAGAUAGGGGUCGAGGAAAUGUUGCAAAAUCUAACCAUCUCAGACCCUAUGUCUGAACAAUAAGGAACCCCAUAGUACAUGUAGGAAUCUAUUUGAAGGAUUUUUGUAAAUAGAAAAUCAACUUUUCUCUAAUUAUCAUUGCUAUUUAAAACAUUUGAGAAACAAAGUGUACAAUUUUAAUGAUUUUUGUUAUGUACAUGUAUAUACGUUAAAA